AUGAUAGAUCACGUCCUCGGGCGGCCCUCGGCCAAGUCCCGACGUCUCCAGGUCCUCGCCGUCCUCACCUUUUGGACUGCCUACCUCGUCAAGGGCCACAAGCAUGGUCCUCCCGGCGCCAAGAUGCUCUCCAGGGUCUUCUCUAAGCGACUCACGGCAUGGCAGACCGUCGUCAUUACCAUGCUCUACCUAUACGCCGCCCGUAACUUCAGCGCCCUCGUCGGCUUGGCUAGCCCGGAGCCCAUGGCCAACAUGUACGACGCCAACUACUUCCGCGCCACCUGGGUCCUCACUGCCCUGGACGCUGGUUUCUGGACGGCAAUGAAGAUCCGGUCCAAGUGGCUGCGCGACCUGGCGAGCAUAGUCUUCUCCCUCUUUUACCUUGUGGCAGCCGAAAAGGCCGACGAAAAGGUCCGCAAGGUCAGGGGCAUGAUUACCGUCGAACACCUCCGCGUCUCUUGGAACAAGGGCACGUCCCCAUAUCUGAGCUUCUUCCAGGGGCUCAUGCGUCCCCGCUUCAUGCGUUGGCCACCGAGGCAGAUCCGAAUUCCGAGACCCGCCGAUAGUGACUACAAGGAGCCUGUGCUGGCAUGGUUGUACUAUGAUGGACCUCUGGCAGAGCUGGAGCGUCAUGACAGGUUGAUCCUGGAUAUUCCCGGUGGUGGUUUCGUUGCCAUGGACCCUCGAUGCAACGACGACAAGUUGUUCUCCUGGGCAGCAAAGUCGGGAUUGCCUGUCCUCAGUCUUGAUUACAAGAAGGCCCCCGAGUUUCCGUACCCCUAUGCCCUGAACGAAUGCUUCGACGUUUACACUACUAUCGUAAACACCAAGGGCAGAUGUGUAGGCCUACCCGGAACCGAAGUCCCCCGAGUCAUCAUUACAGGGGACAGCGCUGGAGGAAACCUCGCAGUCGCGGCAACGCUCAUGAUUCUUGAGACAAGACAUCCAGCGUUCCGUAGACCCUCGGGAAGAGCCGAGCUGCCAGCCCCAGAUGGGUUGGUUUGUUUCUAUCCUGCUCUGGAUAUGAAUAUCGGCAACUGGAUGACAGAUGAGCAAAUGUCGUUAAUUCGAGAUCGCAAGAUGAGAGGAACGAAUCGUACCAUCAUGCGUCGAAAGAGCAUGCAGUAUAAUGAUCUCGUGGGAACACCUCACCACUCUGAUGAUGAAGAGGAUGGUUCGCCACCACCACCUAAACUGAGUUUGCUGACAGCUCAAGAAGCUCUGAUCGCAAACUCUCAAGGGCCUCGGAGUCCUCACCCCGAGUUCUCUCACGUUGGGCCGCGGUCUUUGAGCUUGCCGAAGGAGACUCCGGAGCCGAACGGAAAGCGCUCAUCUCAUCAAGUUGAGCCUAUGAAGACGAGACUUGCUACAUCGUCAAUGAUCUCGUACUUUAACGAUAGGGUCCUCACCCCUGAGAUGAUGAGGGCCAUGAUCAUCUUGUACAUUGGGGCGCAUAACCGACCCGAUUUCUCACAGGAUUACCUCCUGAGCCCUGUGCUGGCACCUGAGGCCCUGUUGGUUGACUUCCCCAAGACGUACUUUAUGACUGGCGAGCGAGAUCCGCUGGUUGACGACACCGUCAUCUUUGCGGGGAGACUGCGGCGAGCCAAGGAGGCGGCGUUUGCCCAGGAUCAAUCUGCAGCAAGAGGCCGUGGGGACUACAGGGAGGCGGAGUUCAAUGAUCGGGAUGCAGCCGAGGUGAUGCUGAUCCCUGGAACGUCGCAUGGCUUUAUGCAGUUCCCGACUGUAUAUCCGCCGGCCUGGAGACACUUUGAGAGGUGUAUCGACUGGUUUGAUCAGCUCUUUGAGCACGCCGAGGCUAUGAGACUGCAAAAGGUGAGGCGGUCUCAGCGAGACAGGGCAAGAUCCAAUGGCUUCGGACUCAAUGGAGAUGAGGGGCGGCAUCUGCGGACAGAGUCGAGUGGAGAGGAAGACAAACCUCUCGAGAUUAGCAUGACAAAGAUGAACCAGAGGAGGGGCUCAACGCAGACGCCGCCUCAAGCGAAGCAGCAAUACUCGACGCCGGCGCAGGGUGAUGAUAGCGAGAGUGGAAACACGACACCACGGGCAUUGCCGAAUGGACAGGCGAAUGGGGAAAAGAACGGGAAGAACGGGAUUCGUCGGAAGAGGGAGAAGAGUCUUAGCAAGAGCAAGAACAAGAACAAGAGUCUCGUCAAGCUCAACAGCUCCGACGAUCUACUAGGGCGACGGAUGCAGGGACUGGCGAGCGGGCUGACAGGGAUGGGGAUGGGAGACGACGACUGA